UUUUUCAAAAACAACCCGUUUACGUUUUUGAGAAUAUCCUAAUCAAACCAUAGUCAAUUGGCUAUUUUUAUUUGGUAAAUAUAAAGAAAUUAAAUUCCGCAGUAAAUAAAGCGCUCCCUCAACAAAAACCUCGACUGACUGCCCGAGACUCUUUUACACCGACAUCUCAGUCUCUCUCUCUUGUCCCCCCUCUCUUCCAUUUCUCUCUCUAAAUAUGCAGCGCCAAUCGUUAGGAUCUCCAGGCAGAGGAGGAGGAGGGUUAGUAAUAAUCGCCAAAGAUGACACUGUUUCAACUUCCGAUGACCAAAUACGACGCGAAUCAUCACCGUCUUCACUCACCGGCGACGAUGACGAAAUCAAGCCGGACAAACCUCUUCGGCGAUGUCAUUCUCCACCUGAAAAAUUCAUUCACUGUAUUCCUAUCCUCAUUCUUAUCUCCUUCUUAAUCCUGUAUCUCUUCUCUCACGAUCCUUCUCCUAAAGAUUUGGCUCAGUUUCCAGGAUUCACGAAUCCAGAGAAAAUCAUCGAUUCGACGGACAUUGACGACAUUGGAAGAGUUGAUGGCAAUAACUUGAAAAGAAGUGGUGUGUUUGCGAUACGAAGUUUGCGGAAUUUGCAAGAGGAAGAUAAUCAGAAAUCUCGUUCUCAUCGGAAACUCGGCGAUUUUUAGUAUGCGUACGAAGCUCACGAAAUCUCACGCGUAUAAGCAUUUCCCGUCGAAAAAUUUGCAUACUAAGUUUUGUUAUUUCAUUUUAAUUUAUUUUUUUGGUUUUUUUAUGAUCUGAAAAAAGGCUGAUGUAAUUUGAAGCUGGAUAUAAUUUUAUAGGCAAUAUUUGUGUACAAAUAAAAUUCGUUUAAAUUUACAAUAAACAUCUGCCGACACAGAAAAAAACAGGGGGAAUUUAUGAAGAAAAAAUCAACUCCUAUCUCAGAGUAGUGACUAGUAAUGCUAAAUUGCGCAGAAAAGGGGCGCAAUGUAGAUAGAUAUGCGCUGGUUGUUGGAGUCCAGCUGGGAGGAUCGCGCCAUUACUCUGGUGACCUUGGAGUGCGGUUAAUGAGUUGGAGUUUGGGCCUGCCAGCCUGGAAAUUAUGUUAUUUUUAAAAUUUUGUUAAUUACUUUAUGAGAUAGUACUAAUUCUAUUUUAUUUUUAUUACUGGGCUCCGUUGUCUAUAACGCAGAGGAGGGUCAAGGGACAGAAGUGGGGAAUUUCUGAAGGAAAAAUCAGGUAUUGCUUUGUCUAGAUAUUAGAAAAUGGGCCUAAUAAAGUGAAAGUGAUUUGUUUUAAUUUAUUCAUACUCAGCUUUAGUAGUUUUGUCGCACCCUGAUAUGUACAAAUGGUAUUAGGAUCCUCUUUAUUAGUAUUUUUCUAUUAUUCAUGCUAAUAUUUUAAUAUUUAUUUUAAAACAAAAAAUAAAAUAUCAAAAUUAUUCCUAUUAAAA